UUCUCUGCAACAACAAUGGCAGCUAAGAUGUUAUUAUCACCACAUACACACUCUCUUUGUUCUCUUUCAUUUCAUGCCAAGACCCACCAAGUACAACCUUGGUUGGGGUGGCAGCAACACCCUCCAAGACCAAAGAAGCUUCAUGUGUCCCUUCAUGACCCUUCAUCAUCAUCUUCAGUUGUUGCCGACUACAUCAUCCACCAACAACAACUAAACCCUUAUUCUUUGGUGUUGCUUGCAGAAAGUGUCGGUUACUCUUUGGCCAGUUAUUAUACUUCUCUGGGUCUCUUUGUUAUAUCUGUGCCUGGCCUUUGGUCCCUCAUCAAACGUUCGGUCAAAUCCAAAAUUGUGAAGAAGACUUUUAUAGGGGAAGGUGAAAAGAAGGCACCAAAUGUGGUUGCAGGGGAGAUACUAUCAUUCUUCACUCGUAACAACUUUGCAGUGACAGAUAGAGGAGAAACAAUCACGUUUGAAGGAAUGAUGGUUCCCAGCAGGGGCCAAGCAGCACUAUUAACUUUCUGCACUUGCAUCAGCCUGGCAAGUGUGGCUCUUGUGCUUACCAUAACCAUCCCGGAUGUUGGCAAUAACUGGUUUUGGAUUACCAUCUUAAGUCCAUUGGCAGGCGCUUAUUACUGGAAUCGAGCAUCAAGAAAGGAGCAGAUUAAGGUGAAACUGAUGGUUGAAGAAAAUGGGACCUUAUCAGAGAUCAUCGUUCAAGGUGAUGACCAACAAGUCGAGCAAAUGAGAAAGGAACUCAAGUUUAGUGAAAAGGGCAUGGUUUAUGUUAAAGGCGUCUUCGAAAGAUGACACAUUUCAGGAAGACAGCAGAACGGAAUGUAAAGAAAUCAUCGACUGGACCUAUAAAAAAGGCCCCAGCUGGAACAAAUGUGGUGAACCAGUAUGAACAACCAGCCAGCUGACACACUUGAGUAUCGCCUCAGACACACCAAUUUAGUUAACUAAAAUAAUUAUGAUUCUAUCUGUUAAAGAAGUAUGUUAUAUAUAGCAUGUUUAGUGACUAGUUUAAUUUGUUGAAUACACGACACAACACAAUGUCGUACGCAUAAGCAAAA